AUGGAGUCAAUCGCGGAUCGGACAUGGCCAAUCAAGCUGCUAGAGAAGGAAGGUCGGAAGGCGGUGUGGGCCAUGAGCGCCAUCCUCGGAGCCAACUCCAAGGGCAUCCCGGCGCAGGCCUGCCGUCUCCUGGAGCGGUAUUUGGCGGUGCGAUUCCAGGAGGCUGGACCUCUACUCACUAAUUCAGAAGAACGCGAGCGUUUCAAACAGUUGCUGUCAUCCCAGCUGACUCUCAUCAUAGCUGCUUGCGUUCAGCUGGCGUCCAAGAUGGUGUGCGCAGCCACCGCCCUCACUCCCAAGGUCCUGCAGACCUGCCUCCUUCAGAGGGGCAUCUCGUGUACCGUGAAGGAUAUCAAUAUAACUGAACUACAGGUUUACGGAUGUCAAAUCCCCCUGUUCACAAGCGUGGACUCUGCCGAGCUAUUGGCCGUGGAGGUGGGCUUGCCGGUCUUCACACUUGGUGACAUUGGUCUUCUGGUCAACAUAGCGGAGUACCACCGCGACAUGCUGGAUCACAGGGUCAGGAACACGUUCAAGUUGCCACCCACUACAAUGUUUGACUACACGGCGCUCCGGACCUUGCAUCUUGCUGCUGGGGCCGUGGCGGCGGGCGCCCGACACUUUGACCACUCCAGACUGAAUCCGGUCGCCCGCCUCGCUAAACUCACUCAUGCACCACCCGCCUAUAUCAAAUGUAUAGCGACAGUGCUACUGACAGACAUUCUUCAGCACGACCGCGAGGAACCAGUGCCGUGUAAGAAGAGGAAGAUGUCUUAG